AUGUCGAGUUGGGAGACGACAGCCCUUCGGCUGCAGGGCAAUGUGACCACCGACUCAACACCAAGCUCCUUGGACAAGAGUCUACCACUACUACCAAAAAGAAACGCCAAGGCUAGGACAACUACAGGUGUAAAGGAGGUAUCUUCGGAAGAGAAGAGCCAUGGGACGAAAGGAUGGAAACCACUUUCGCUUUCGACGCCGAUGUUACUCGCUAUGAUCGCACUUACGAUCCUUCUCGCUGUCGCCGUCGAGACAUUAGCACAACGUAGUACAGCACAAGGUGGUCUCGCUCUCUCACCUUCUCUCGAUGCUAUGCCCGCGUAUGCCAAAUUUAGCUAUCUUUAUGUGCCGACUAUUAUUGCUGUGUUAUACAGUAUGCUUUGGAGCUGGAUCGAUCUGGACGUCAAGAGGAUGCAGCCAUGGUUCGAAUUGUCAAAACGCGAAGGCGCCACAGCUGAGGACUCCCUUUUCCUGGACUACCAAUAUGAGUUUGUGGCUCUGGUUCCUUUCAAAGCAGCAAAGAGGAAACAUUGGCCUGUCUUCUUUGGGGGUACUGCCAUGGUUAUCGUCUUUUGGGCCCUCACGCCCCUUCAGAGCGCUCUGCUUGGUACAGGGAUUGUAAAGCAGACCGACAUGACCUCGCUCGCCAACAGAUCUCAACUUCUUCCUGUCGCUGAACAUGUCGAGGUCCUAGAUCCCGAGUUUCUCAACACCGGAUACGCUAUAGGCUGGCUUGGUCAACAGUUCCCUGCUUUCACUACUGCUGAUUAUGCACUACUGCCUUUCUAUCCAAACACAAACCCCAAGCUCGCUAACGUCAGGAAACACACAACAGUCUCACUAAAUAUGACUGCAGAAACGACAAAGCUUUGGACCGAGUUGAACUGUUGGCCAGCAGAAAUCGCAAGAAUAGGUGUCAGGCAUCAAGAGCAAUUCAGCUUCCUAAAUGGACAGGGCUGUAAUACUACUGCUGGCUUUGGGGCGAGGAACGAGACGAGGAUGUUCUACAUAGGCUACUUCACCAGCCCUUACUCGGACUUUCAGAUUGCGAACCCAAAUUGUGGACGAACUCCUGAUUCAAUCCAUCAGUUUCUAGCUAUAUGGGGCAAAGCUAUCCCAGUUGAUUGGGACCCUUCGCCUACUUUCAACAUAUCUGCCAUGUUCUGCCAGCCUCAGUACUUCAAGCAAAGAGUUCUCGCAACAGUCAACGCCAAUACAUUUGAGCCAGACAGCAAGUCCAUCAAAGAAUUGGGUCCACGAGAAACACUUUCCGACAAUGAAUUUAACAGGACUGCUUUUGAGUAUCUCUUGGCAAAUGGCAUGGCGGAGACCCCGAUUUUAAAGGACUAUCCCUUCAAUGCGGUGGUUGAACAACAUCCUCGACUAAACCAUACCAAUAUCACGUUCCCAGUCUCUAACAUGGUUGGUUUUGCGUUGGCGGGAAAGGAUCUAGACAAGGACCAAUACGUACAUCACGAUGUGCUGCACAAAGCAUACAAUGAUGCUCACAAAUAUCUCUUUUCUGUGGCUACGACGACGAUUUUGAAAAACUCAACAAAAUUCUCUAACAAUACCGUCAUGGUCGAGUAUUACAUGACAGGGAUUAUAGUCAGUCGGGCUUUUGCUACGGCAGUCGAAUGCUUUCUGCUCGUUGUAACGAUAUUCACGGGCUUUGUUCUAUGGUUUUCCCGGGCUGCACCAAGUAACCUACCAGUAAACCCAUCCUCGAUAAGGCGAUACAUCGACUUCUUCAGCAACAGCCCAGACGCGCUCAGUGCAUUCAAACUGAUGGACCACGCGGAUGACGAGGGACUCCUCGAGGACUUCAAAAUGGAUGGCUUUCAGUGCUAUGGCAUUUCUGUCGUUUCUGAAGCACCAAGAGUCUUCGCUAAAUGGUUUGCUUGA